CGCAGUUUAGAACACGCGCGACAAACGAUUUCGAGAAAAAUUUGUACAAAUUGAUGAACAACGCGGUGUUCGGUAAAACUAUGGAAAACGUUCGCAAUCACGUAGACGUAAAACUAUUGACAAAAUGGGAUGGACGAUACGGUGCUGAGGCAAUGAUUGCGAGACCAAAUUUUCAUAGCAGAAGUGUCUUUUCGGAAAAUUUAAUUGCCGUUGAGCUACGUAAACUUGAGGUGAAAUUCAACAAGCCGAUCUAUCGGUACAGCCCACGCAUAUUUGCUCAACACAUCGAUAAUAGUGAGUAUAUAGUGGUAGCCUCUAUUGAAUCGCGAGUAAGGACGCAUCUCUACCAAGUCAGCUUGCCAAAGAUCAUCGUAUCCGCGCACUAUGACGCGUCUACGGGGAAAAUAUCUUCUCGCUGGAGCGUGCAACUCCUCCACCAACCGAUGCUUUUCGUUACCGAUGAGCUGCUUCUCUGAACUUUUCUUCUUUUUGUUAAAUUUUGAUGAUUGCUUCGCCAUUGCAGCUUGUGAUGAUCCGUCUCUCGCUAUGUUGAUACUAUAUGUCAA